UAAAAUAUUGUAACGCACGUGUUCAACAUGGCUGACGAUGAUUUGGUUUUAAAUGUUUACGUCUCCAAAAAUGAUUCUAAUAAUCAAUCAACACCAAGAAGACUUAAAAAGAAGCGGCUUAACGGAAACCAAAUCUCAUCACCAUCCGAAUAUGAUGAACAUAUCGAUUCAAAUGAACCUUAUGUUUCGAAAUCACGGAAACGAAAGGCUGAAAAACAGCCAACACAGCAUUCAGAAAAGAAAGCAAGAACUAGUGCUAUCCACUUUUCCUCCCUUUUUAAUUCCAAUCCUGAAAUUCCUACAGUAAAUCCUGAACCUGUGCAGUCUGUUAAAGAAGAACUGUUUUCGAAAGAAUCGUUCGAAAGCCUCUCCUUAAGUCCGUAUAUAUUACAAUGUUUACGAAAUGAUUUUCAAUUCAGUCAAAUGACAACCGUUCAACAGUUAACUAUACCGCCAGUUCUAGAUGGGAAAGAUGUUUUAGUCAAAUCGCACACUGGUACAGGUAAGACUUUAUCUUAUGCAAUUCCAAUUGUACAAACACUUCAGGCCAAACAGCCGAAACUGAAACGAAGUGAUGGAGUCCAUGCUAUCGUUAUUGUACCCACUAGAGAACUCGCUUUGCAGAGUUUCCAAACUUUCCAGAAACUUGUCAACACUUGUUGCUGGAUUGUUCCAACUUGUAUUACUGGUGGUGAGAAAAGGAAAUCCGAGAAAGCCCGAUUACGGAAAGGAGUUACCAUCGUGGUGGGUACCCCUGGUCGGUUAACCGAUCACUUACUCCAUACAGAAUGUUUAGUAACGAAUCGCGUACAGUAUCUUGUCAUUGAUGAAGCAGAUCGCUUACAUGAUAUGGGUUUCGAAAAAGAAGUACAACUUAUUAUCAGUAUUCUUAAUAAAUCAACACCUGAAAGACAAACUAUUUUGCUGUCUGCAACUCUUACUGAAGGUGUUGAGAAAUUAGCUGGAAUAUCUCUCAAGUCCCCUGAAAGAAUCGAUGCUUCGAAAGAACAUAAAGAAAAUAAUUCUCUUCUCACAAAAGGUGACAGUUUGUUUUCUGUUCCUGAGAAGUUAAAUCAGCAUUUUAUGAUUGUCCCUUGUAAACUGCGUUUGGUUUCUCUUAUUGGCUUUAUUACUUCUAAAUGUAUAAAUUCAAACCAAAAAUCCAAAAUUAUGGUUUUUUUAUCAACACAAGAUUCAGUUGAAUUCCAUUUCAAAUUAUUUUCCGAAAUUUUUGAGUUGGAAAGUAAAGAUUCAAAAACUUUUGAUGACUACAUUGGAAAAAAAUCGAAAAAGAAGAAAAAUUCUUCACUGGUUAAGUUUUACAAACUUCAUGGAAACAUGUCUCAAGAUGAUCGUACCAAUAAUUUUACAAAUUAUUCAUUAUCACGUUGUGGUGUUCUGCUGUGUACAGAUGUUGCUGCCCGAGGCCUUGAUCUGGCACAUGUUAGAUGGAUUGUACAGUAUACCUCACCUGGUGAAACUAGAGAAUAUAUACAUCGUAUUGGCCGGACAGCACGAGCUGGAGCUCAAGGGAAUUCACUUCUUUUCCUUAUGCCUUCAGAGACGGAAUAUAUUAAAGCAUUAAACACUAUGAAAAUUAAUUUAGGGGAAAUAUAUAUUAAAAACAUAUUGGGUGACCUUUUGCAAUUAUUGGACCUGUUACCAAAAAUUCUUGAGAAUAGAAGAUCAGUAUAUACUUAUGAAGAAGCUGCUUCUUCUUUUCAGAUGUAUAUUGAAAAUUUUACAUAUAAUUCUAAGGAAAUGCUUGAUCUUGCCAAAAAGGCAUUUCAGUCUUUUGUACGUUCAUACUCGACCUACCCUAAACAUCUGAAGCACAUUUUUCACUUAAAAUACCUCCACAUUGGACAUUUAGCAAAAAGUUUUGGGCUCAGAGAUGCUCCUAGCCAAUUAGGAAAUAAUCCCGUGAACAAGCACUUUAAGUUUAGUAAACAUGAUCAGAAGAAGUCUAAUUUCAAAUAUAAUUCAAAAUUGCGGUUUAACAAAGAAACCACACGCAAGAAAAAAUCUGUUGAUAUGUCAGAAUUUGCCAGUGGACUUGAUUGGUAAAAGGAAAUAAUUAUCAAUCAUUGAAUGACGCCUUUAUGCAAGAAUUUUCCAGUGGAAUGGAAAAUUGGCUGUAGAAAAUAACUACAAACUGUUGACUGACUUUUUGGUGAGGUUCAACAUGUUAAAGACUAAAACGAAUGAGGUUCAUUAAAGUGCAGAAUCAUUAACCCAAAGGUAAUUUGAGUCUUCCUAUCGGUUUUCACCUGUGCCCUGUAAAUCACAGCAAAUUAUUUGUUGGACAUGAAUUACAUUUCCAUUCUAUGAUUAUGUGAGUUGCAUGAAGGACAUUUUGCAGUCAACCAUUCAAGGAAAUAUUACAUUUACUGAAUCAUCCAAACUUUGAAAAGCAGAAGUAAAAAUAUUUGAAAAUUUGUUAAAGAAAUUUCAAUGCAUUGUUACAAAAUAAAAAGAAUUCAUUAUUA